AUGAAUGCCUUCUCUACAGACUCCGCCAAAUGGCACGCCGUCCGCACGAAAGAUCCCAGAGCCGAUGGCCAAUUUGUCUACUGCGUGAAAACAACCAAGAUCUACUGCCGACCGAUUUGCAAAGCCCGUCUUGCUCGGCACUCGAAUGUCCAGUUCUUUGACACAGGUUCAGAAGCUGUCGCAGCAGGCUACAGAGCAUGCAAGAGAUGCCGACCGGAGCUGGAGGUCUUCGUGCCGAUAGCAGAUCAGGCUAUUGAACGGAUUCGCAAGAAUCUCGAGAGCUUAUCAGAAGACGUCGCUGUACCUUCUUUAGAAUCUCUGGCCCAGGAAGCUGGAUUGACGAAAUACCACUUCCAUCGAAGUUUCAAGAAGGCCACGGGUUUCACGCCGAGGGAGUAUGUUGGAUUGCUGAGGCGAGAACGCACAGCAGGGUCAAUGGCUGUCACUCCUGGAGCGAUGUGUGUUCCAGAUCUCAUCACUGGGACGACGGCGAGUCCGUUAUCGUUGACAGAUGACUUUGAUGUCGAACCUUCGCAUUCUUUCAAAUUGGAGGAUCUGUUCAACUUCGAUGAUCUAGUUGUUCCAGAGGUGCAUUGCGGUCCGCAGGCCUCAAUGGCGAUGAUGAGAAGGCAUCUCGGAGGUGGAGGCAUGUAG